UCUUUCUUCAUCCCUUUGUUUUUGCAGUCUCUGUUAAUUUGUCUCCGAAAUUCGUCAUGGCUUUAUGUUCAAGACCCCAAACUCUGGCACUGGGUACAAAAAAAGGGGUACGAUUUGACCCCAUGGUGAAGAUUUAUUGCUACAAGAAAGUUGAUGAAAAUCAUGAAUUUGAUCCUAAUGAUUGGCACUGUUAUACUGGAUUUCUGAGUGGCGGUUUUUAUGAUGGAUACAAUGGCGGUGGUGGUGGUGGUGAUGGUUUCAGUGAUGGAUCGUUUAUUGGUAACAGAAAGCAAAGCAGCGCCUGUAGGAAUCGAAGGUUUUCUAACAAUUCUGUUUUGACUCCUGUCUCCGAUUUGAUCCAGUGGAGAGAGAUGAAAGAAGAAGGAAAAAAACAACUGAUUAAGAAUUCUAAUGCAUAUCAAGAAAGCACUUCCAAAGAAUCCGAUCUAUUAUGUUUUACGAGGAGGAGCAAUAAUGCCAAUCCCUUGCUCAAUCCAGUGGAUGGUCUGUGGCAAUGGAACCUUCUGAAAUCGGUAGAGACGUUAGCAACUGGCGCUAUGUGAAGAUGCUUGUUUGCUGCUACUUCGGUUGCUUCGGUUGCUUUGUCACUACAUAUUUUGAUUGGAUAAGUUUCCCGUUAUCCAUGUAUAGUUUUCUCCUGUAAAUUUCACCUAC